UUUAGCGUAUUGAUGAAAGUUUUCGAAAUUAAAUCUCGUGUUAAUUAUAUUAAUUUAAAAUAUUUAUACGCAUAUGUUUGCCCACGAAUUACAAUUAGUUACGCGAUUACAGCCGUUGAAAUUUCGUUCGUAUUUACAAAAGUUAUUGAAAACAUAAAAAUGCAUUUGGGUAAGGAAAAAAAAAGGGGAAAAUAA